AAUGCAGAAAUGAAUUCACCCCAAAAAUGCAAAUUUGGGGCUGGAACUGAGGAGGGAAUUAAUUAAUUUUGCUUCCAGCCUGGACCAGAGCUGGGUUUUGAUUCCUGGGGCUUUCCAGGGGCUGGGCUGGGUGGUCAGGAGGGGUCUGGGGGUGUCCUGCAGGAGGAAGACUCGGAUUUAGGUCGGGAUUUAGGAUCAGGAUCAGCACCAAAACUCCCAAGCCCAUCCCAGCUGUGCCAGGGGUGCAGGACUCAGAUUUAAGCCUGGAUUUAGGGUUGGAUUUAGGGCUGGAUUUAGGAUCAGGAUCAGCACCAAAACUCCCAACCCCAUCCCAGCUAUGCCAGAGCUGCAGGACUCAGAUUUAGGCCUGGAUUUAGGAGCAGGAUCAACUCCCAACUCCAUCCCAGCUGUGCCAGGAGCAGCCAGGUCUCAGAUUUAGGCCUGGAUUUAGGAUCAGGAUCAGCACCAAAAUUCCCAAUCCCAUCCCAGCUAUGCCAAGGGUGCAGGACACUGCUCAGUCCCAGCUUUAAAACUUGUAAAACCUGUUUUUUAAAAAACAUUUAAACCUGGUUUUGAAACCUUUAAAACCCUGGCUUUUAAAAAACUUUUAAACCUUGGUUUUUUAAACCUUGGCUUUUGUUGAACUCUGGUUUUGAAACCUUUUAAACCUGGCUUUAAAACUUUUAAAUCCUGGCUUUAAAACUUUUAAAUCCUGGCUUUUUAACACUUUGGAAGCAGCAGCAGCAGGAUCAGGAAUGAGGAAAAGGUGACAGUGACACCGAGGGAAGGGCCAGCCCUGCUCGGGGGGUGGGGGAGGGCACUGAAAUUUGGGGUGAUUUGGGUCAGAAAAAAAACAAAAGGAGCCCAAAAGGAGUCCCAGGAUUUCUGUGGAGUUUCAGGGGGUUGAGAGUUGGGAAUGUCCCACGGGAUGUGAGGAAGCAGCUGUGCCACAGCUGGAACCAGCCUGGAAUUUCAGGAUUUGUCCAUCCCAUUUCCACAAGGAUGGGAUUUCCUGCUCCAGAGGGUUGCCCUCAACUUCCCCCAAACCCCACAGGGAUCUCCAGCCCCAAAAAAAGGGAAUUUCCAUCCCCAGGAUCGCUGGGAAGAGGCUGCUCCUGAUUUCCCCCUGCAGAGCAGCCAGAGCAGAGCUCAUCCCAAAAAUCCAGCAUGGAGAUGGCACAGGCAGAAAAUGCAGGAAAAGCUGGAUCAGAGCUUGGCUAAGGAAGUAGGAAUUCUGGAAUGUGUGGGGGGACCCCAAAAUCUGCUGGGGAAGGGUGAGGAGCCCCAAAAUCCAAGGAUACAAUUCCAGCCCCAGGAACAGACCCUGGCGAGGAUUCUGAGCAGGGCAGUGGACAGGAAGAGAAAAGAUCAGGAAUUCCAGAGGGGAUGGGAUGGGAAAUUCCAGAGGGGAUGGGAGGGAAAAUUUCAGAGGGGAUGGGAGGGAAAAUUCCAGAGAAGAUGGGAAAUUCUAGAGGGGAUGGGAAAUUCUAGAGGGGAUGGGAUGGGAAAUUCCAGAGAUGGGAAAUUCCAGAGGGGAUGGGAUGGGAAAUUCCAGAGAGGAUGGAAGGGAAAAUUCCAGAGGGGAUGGGAAAUUACAGAGGUGGGAAAUUCCAGAGGGGAUGGGAUGGGAAAUUCCAGAGAGGAUGACAGGGAAAAUUCCAGAGGGGAUGGGAUGGGAAAUUCCAGAGAGGAUGACAGGGAAAAUUCCAGAGGGGAUGGGAUGGGAAAUUCCAAAGAGGAUGGGAUGAGAAAUUCCAGAGGGGAUGGGAAAUUCAAGGCUCUGCUGAUGGAGAGCAGGAGGGUUGGGAACUCCCUUGGGAUUCUCAGUUUCCUCGGAAUCUCGGGAGAUCCCGGGAUGAUCCCUGAGGCACCGACCCUGGAGCCCAGGCAGGGACAUCACCCCCAAAUCCCAACAAAACCCGGCCAGAAUUCCAGAGGUGCCUCCCAGUUUGGGAUGGGGCAGCACCUCAGGGAUCCAAGGAGAACCACGGCCCCUCACUGCAGCCAGGAAAUCGGGAAAAAGGAGAGGACACAAAAAUUCCGCUGGGGAGCCCCAGAGAUGCUCCAGGACACGGGCACAGGGAAUUCUCUUCCGUGGAAACGCGAGGGGAUCAAAGUCACCAUCCCUGGAUGGGUUUGAGGAAAGGAUCAGGGUUCAGUUGGGGUGUUUGGGUUGGACUCAGUGAUCCUGGAUCUUCUCUGACCUGGGGAUUCCGUGAUUUGGGAUUCUGUGAUU